AUGUCUACGCCAAGCCAGGAAGCAACAAAGGAGCUCAUUGCGAAGAAGCGGGCUGAGGUUUUGGCUCGCAUGGCUAAAAUGGGAAUUCCGACCAGUGCUGGCACAAGUAGCGUUCGACCCCCGCCUGCAGCAGCAGAAUCAUCGACAACAUCCAGCGCACCGUCGCUGCAUGCAUCGAUCGCUGCCACGCGCGCCCGAAUCGAGGCUCGGAUGAAGGCACAGGGCAUUGGCGCCAGCAGCGUCCGGGCCAGCAGCAGCAAAUCCGCAGCGAUACCGACUGAGCUCCACCCAAUGCUAAGCGGCGACAUCAAAUCCACGCGUGGAGUUCCCAUGCCACGGAUAUCGUCGAUAAAGGCGAACCAGCGCGUUCAGCCGCAGCCUAAGCGGAUGAAGAUUGAGCACGAGGCGCCGGUAGCAUUUGCUGACCCGCAAAAGAACCCGUACUUUGACCCGCAUUUGGGAGGCCAGCGCUCGGCAAUGCCCAAGCAGCGUAGGCACGCCAAGAAAAUCCAUUUUGCACGGCCUGGCCGGUUUAUUGAGCAGGGCGACCGGGUGCGUGCCGAGCAGAAGCUCGAGCAGCUCAAGGCCGAAAUCGCCGAGCGCGCAGAGAAGGCGCGGCUCGAAGAUGAGGUGCUGGACACGACUGCAAUCCGGCCGCCGGAGCCGCCCACAGUUGAAUGGUGGGACGCACCGCUGCUCUCGACCGACACAUACACUGGCAGUACGUACAGGCUUGAAGGGGCCGAGUCGCCAAUCACCGUGUACGUGCAGCACCCGGUACCACUUGAGCCGCCGCAAUCAAUCCUGGCUGGCGGCGGCCGCGAGGAGCAGCAGCGCGACCACCGCGACAAGGUCAUGGUGGGUCUGCUGCCGCCCGACCCGCCCAAGGUCAAGCUGGCCAACUUUAUGCGCAUCCUGGCCAAUCAGUCGGUGCCCGACCCAACACGGCUCGAGGCGGAGGUGCGCAAACAGGUCGAGGCACGGCAAAUCAGGCAUGAGGAGGACAACAAGGCGCGGCAGUUGACAAAGGAGCAGCGGCAUGCCAAAUGGGAGGCCAAAUUGCAGUCCGAGGAGGAAAAGGGUCUUGUGUCGGCCGUGUUCCGGAUCAAGAAGCUGUCGCAUGCGCAGCACAGGUUUAAGGUGGCGGUCAAUGCGCGCGAAUGGAGGAUGACUGGCAUUGCGGUAGUGUGUCCGCAGAUGAGUGUAGUGAUCGUUGAGGGCUCUGGAAAGGCGGUCAAGGCGUAUAAAAAGCUAAUGUUGCGGCGGAUCGACUGGGCAGACAGUCAGCCCACACUUGAAACAUCCGAGGACAAGCAGCCAGUGGCAGACGAUCCGGAUUCGGAACCUGUUGACUACUCUGAUAACGACUGUUUCCUGAUCUGGCAGGGGUCCAUCGAUGCCCGCAAAUUCACGCAGUUCAAUAUGCGGACCUGCACAACCGAAUCCGGAGCCAAGAACUGGCUGGCGCAGGCCGGAGCCGAGUCAUUCUGGCAGCUGGCCGUGCAGUUUGACCCACACGACAGCAUUACUCUGCUGAAUACCCUCGUAUGAGGCUAAUUGGUUUUGGUAAGCAUCGUCGGCGUAUUAAUAGAUUCUAAAUGGCGCUCGGUCCCUAUGAGGGAAAUGCACCGCUUGCCAAUCGACUGUUUUCGAUGGAUGCUGGUUGAGUGGUGAUGAAAUCCUUCUAUAUCGUC